AUGCCGCCCUUGCUGUUUUUCCUUUCUCUUUGCCGCCCUUGCUGUUUUUCCUUUCUCUUUGCCGCCCCUUGCUGUUUUCCUUUCUCUUUGCCGCCUUGCUGUUUUCCUUUUCUGUUUUUCCGCCCCUUGCUGUUUUUUCUUUCUCUUUGCCGCCCUUGCUGUUUUUCCUUUCUUUUGCCGCCCUUGCUGUUUUCCUUUCUCUUUGCCGCCCCUUGCUGUUUUCCUUUCUCUUUGCCGCCCCGCCCCUUGCUGUUUUCCUUUCUCUUUGCCGCCCUUGCUGUUUUCCUUUCUCUUUGCCGCCAUCUUGCUGUUUUUUUUUCCUUUCUCUUUGCCGCCCUUGCUGUUUUUCCUUUCUCUUUGCCGCCCCUUGCUGUUUUUCCUUUCUCUUUGCCGCCCCUUGCUGUUUUUCCUUUCUCUUUGCCGCCCUUGCUGUUUUUUUCCUUUCUCUUUGCCGCUCUUUUUAGCCACCUUGUUUUUCCUUUCUUUUGCCGCCCCUUGCUGUUUUUCCUUUCUCUUUGCCGCCCCUUGCUGUUUUUCCUUUCUCUUUGCCGCCCCUUGCUGUUUUUCCUUUCUCUUUGCCGCCCCUUGCUGUUUUUCCUUUCUCUUCUUCACGUUCGGUAUUUUUUUGUUGCUUUUUUAAAAUUUUAUUUAUUUUUAUUUUCUCUGUCGUAA